AUGAGUUUCGGGGCAAGCUCCUGAAUCAGCGUUGGACUCGAGGCGAGAGGAUCAGCCGCUGCCAGCCCACACAGAGGCUGCAGAGUAGACCAAUCAAAAUGAGUGUAGAGAGUGAUGACACGCGAAGCACACGCACACGCUCCAAGGGAAUCAGAGUUCCCACCAAGCUCGUUGGACAAGAGCUGAGUGUGCUGGGCUGCCCAUUGGUCAGGAAGAGACGUCUGGCGGAUGCUGAGGCAGAGCAGGAGCAGCCAUCUUCUAAAAGGAAGUCCCGCCCUCUAAAGCUGGCCAUGGACGAGGGCUUCAGCGUGGACAGCGAUGGGAGCAGCGAGGAGGAGGUGGAGGGGGAGGCCAAGGAGGAGGAAGAGGAGGACAAGGAGAAGGAAGAGAAGACAGAGGAACAACCACAGGCACAGCAGGAAGAAAAGCCAGAGGAGGAACAGGAGGAAGAGGAGGAAGAGGAGGAGAACGUGACAGAGCAGAAAGAGGAGAGCAUAGAUUCAGAUGAAGAAGAAUGCAUGAUCAUUGAGCCGGGAUCCAGUAAAACAACAUGUAAAGCUGAGGAGGGGGAGUGGCCUCAGAGAGCGGACUACUCCAGCUACCAUCAGAUCCUAGCCAACUCUCUACUAUACCUGGGCAGGGUCCCCGACACCGCAGAGACCACCUCACAGGCGCACGUUACCAUGGAGACAGAGAAGGAUAUCACAGCUGUGGAGCACGCCACUGUGGCAGUGGAACACCCAGUAGAGGAGGAGGAGGAAGAGGAAGAUGAGAUUGAGGAGACUAGGGAGGCUGUGACACAGAGAACCUUUGAGCACCCGUAUUUCACUGGAGACAUUCACCAGCAGCAGGACAAGGCUGAGGAAGACGAGGAGGAGGAAGAGUAUGAAGAGGAGAGGAGAGAAGCAGAGCACCAGCCACAGGAGAUCCUGAAUGAAGAGGAGGAGGAAGAUGACAUUGAGGAGGUGGAUGAGAGAGUGCACCCUGUCGUCCUGCCCACCUCUAACUCCAUUAGCAGCAAUGCAGCUCAGGGACCAGCCACACAGGGGGACAGAACUACAAAGCACUACAUGCCCAAAAGGACCAGCCUCCUAGAAAACUACAACCCCCACAGGACCAGCCCACGGGAGAACUACAACCCCCACAGGACCAGCCUCCUGGAGAACUACAAUCCCCACAGGACCAUCCCACUGGAGAACUACAAUCCCCACAGAGUCAGCCCCUUACAGCACUACAUCUCCCAUAAGGCCUCAGCAGCCUCUAACAUAAUCGAGGUGCGCUCAGAGGAUUCGGGGAAGGACUAUGAAGAUGAAGAUGGUGAUGAGGAGGACGAGGAGGAGGAGGAAGAUGAUAGUUUGUCUCAGAGGUGGACGGAUGAGUCAGAGACGUAUGAUAUGACCCGGGGAAAUCUGGGGCUCCUGGAGCAGGCCAUCGCCCUGAAGGCAGAACAGGUGAAGGGGCCUCGCGACCUCCUCCUCCUCCGUCACCCCGCUGUCACCCCGGAGCUCCACCACCGCUACUUCAAUAUGGACGACCGGCCCAAACACCUGAACACCAUGCGCAACAGCUGCUUCAGCAGCAAAGCUGUCUCUACAGAAGGCAGCAGGCCAGAGAAGAGGGAGAUCAAAUGCCCCACCCCUGGUUGUGACGGGACUGGUCAUGUUACUGGACUCUACCCCCACCACCGCAGCCUGUCUGGUUGUCCACACAAGGACAGGAUCCCUCCUGAGAUCCUGGCCAUGCAUGAGAACGUGCUGAAGUGUCCUACUCCAGGCUGCACUGGACAGGGUCAUGUUAACAGCAACCGUAACACCCACCGCAGUUUGUCAGGAUGCCCCAUCGCAGCCGCAGAGAAGCUGUCCAAGAGCCUCAACCUUGACAAGCAGCAUCUCUCCCAGCCAAUCAGAGAGCACCUCAAAGAAAGUCCCAACAACAAUGACCGAGUCCUGAGGCCCAUGUGUUUUGUGAAGCAACUGGAGGUGCCUCAUUAUAGGCAGUACAGGCCCAACAUGAUACCCGCCACACCUCGUGCCAGCCUGGCCAAGGAGCUGGAGAAGUACUCCAAGGUCUCCUUUGAUUAUGCAAGCUUCGACUGUCAGGUGUUUGGAAAGCGUGUGCUUGCAUCAAAUAUAACGACCAGCGAAGCCUCACCCAAAGCCUUCAAAUCUAAAGUCUCGUCCCCAAAGUCUUCUUCUCCCAGCCUCAGCCUGCAUGGAGGCUAUGGAAAGACAGCCUCCUCUUCUGCCUAUGACUACUCCCAUGAAGCCCAGGCAGCCCACAUGGCCGCUACAGCCAUCCUCAACCUGUCCACGCGCUGCUGGGAGAGGCCUGAGAACCUGAGCCAAGCACCAGGACCUGGCCAGCACCAACAAAAACACUGUAUUGACAUCGGGGUGGAUGAAAAUGGCACUCUGGACCUGAGCAUGAAGAAGCCCGUCAAACGAGAGGGUACCAGCCCUGGGUUGUGCUCCCUGGACCCCUCCUCCUCCUCUUCCUCCCUGCACCACGGAGGCAGCAGUGGCAUGACCUCGCCCCACACAGGCCACGCCUACAAACAGGAACACUGGGAGGAGCCUCUGGACUACACGAAACCCAACCGCCAGCGAGAGGAGGAUGUAGAGGAGCUGGAGCACCACACAGCUCGGUCGUUUGCCUCGUCCGACCCUGAGGACAUGGACCUGAUGCAGGACUACCCCCAGGAGAGGAAGUACCCUGGAGAGGUCACCACCCCAAACUUCAAGGUCCAGUUCCAACAACCCAAGGACUGCAAGAAAGACCUGCUCCUGUGCCCCACUCCUGGCUGUGACGGCAGUGGCCACAUCACUGGAAACUAUGCAUCCCAUCGCAGUCUGUCUGGCUGUCCUCUUGCUGAUAAGAGUCUUCGUUCCCUCAUGGCGGCCCACUCCGCUGAGCUCAAGUGCCCCACUCCAGGAUGUGAUGGUUCAGGACAUAACACUGGAAACUACGCCUCCCACAGAAGUUUGUCUGGGUGCCCCCGUGCCAAGAAAGGUGGAUUAAAAACAUCUCCCACCAAGGACGACAAGGAGGACUCCGAGCUCUUAAAAUGCCCCGUGCCUGGCUGUGACAGCCUGGGUCACAUCAGUGGGAAGUACGCCACCCAUCGCAGUGCCUAUGGGUGCCCGCUGGCUGCCCGCAGGCAGAAGGAGGGGAUGCUCAACGGUAACCCAUUCUCCUGGAAGGCCUUCAAGACGGAGGCCCCCAACUGCCCCACCCCGGGCUGCGAUGGAUCAGGACACGCCAACGGCAGCUUCCUCACACACCGCAGUCUCUCUGGCUGUCCCAGAGCCUCCUUUGCCAGAAAGAAAGCCAAGAUCCCUGGAGAUGAAUACCUGAGCACCAAGUUCAGGGCCAGUGAUGUUCUGAACAAUGACGAGGACAUCAAGCAUCUCAACAAGGAGAUCAAUGAGCUCAACGAGACCAACAACGAGAUGGAGACAGACAUGGUGAACCUGCAAACACAGAUCUCAUCCAUGGAGAAGAACCUGAAGAACAUUGAGGUGGAGAACAAGCUGAUUGAGGAGCAGAACGAGACGCUCUUCAUGGAGCUAUCUGGCCUCAGCCACGCCCUGAUCCGCAGCCUGGCCAACAUCCGCAUCCCACACAUGCAGGAGCCAAUCACUGAGCAGAAUUUCGACAGAUACGUGAGUACCCUGACUGACAUGUACACCAACAAGGAGUGCUUCCAGAACCCGGAGAACAAGGCUCUGCUGGAGAGCAUCAACAAGGCUGUGAAGAGCAUCAAGGUGUGAAAACUUCCAACGAGGAAGAAGAGUGAAAACACCUAAAAGGAGGGAGGUAGCGUCAAGAGACUAGAGUAUAUUUAAAGAGAAUACGAAUACAAAAAGGGCAUUCAGGUUUUAUAAAUGGCAACUUAAAUUAAACCCAGGGAGCAUUCUGUAAAGAAGAAAACGUAACUAGGACCAAAAUCCAAACAUGCUGCUGCUGGGAUCGGAAGGAGGAAGUGGAAUGGAACCAAAUCCUUCGGUUUGAAUUGAUGAACAAAAUAUAUAUCUGGAGUUUUGUUUCUUUGUUUUAUGUUACCUUCAUCGUUUUCAUGUAUGUUCUGUUUUGGAGGCAUCUCUGUUUUGGAGGCAUCUCUGUUUUGGAGGCAUCUCUGUUUUGGAGGCAUCUCUGUUUUGGAGGCAUCUCUGUUUUGGAGGCAUCUCUGUUUUGGAGGCAUCUCUGUUUUGGAGGCAUCUCUGUUUUGGAGGCAUCUCUGUUUUGGAGGCAUCUCUGUUUCGGAGGCAUCUCUGUUUCGGAGGUAUCUCUGUUUCGGAGGUAUCUCUGUUUUGGAGGUAUUUCUGUUUUGGAGGUAUUUCUGUUUUGGAGGUAUCUGUGUUUUGGAGGUAUCUGUGUUUUGGAGUUUUUGACUGUCCCAAUUCAUACUGUAAUUCAAGGUUUAGUUCAGCAACAAUUUGGAGAAGAAAGAAAGAAAGAAUGGAGGAUAGAAGUAGUGGUAUGAUGCCAGAUAAGACAGAGGGUAUGACCUGCCAACAUGAGGUGAAGAAAACACACUGGAAAACUGUCCACAUUGUGUCCCAGAGAAGACACGAAGGCUUCAGAAAUGUUGUUCUGGGGCAGGAUAAGGUGAGAGUGCUUGUGUAUGAGUGGGUAGUGUGUGAUACUGAGCACUACAGCACUCCUAUUGUGUAGAAGUGAAUGGAGAAUCCCUGAACUCUGGGGUCUUCUUGAGCAAUGGUUCAUGUGCUUAGUGUUGUUACUGCAGCAAGAUGUCAACAUGACUCCAUGUCUUGUCUCAAUUCAGAGGAAAACAGCUCUUCAAGCGAAGAUUAAGUUACAAAUCACUGGUUUCUUUUUCCUCUUCUGAAAAGCAACAACCUUCUCUAUAUAUCUGAUGGAAGAUCUGAGAGCGACAGAUGCAGACUUCUUUCUUUGAACUGAACAGUGAUGGUAAUGGAGUGCACACUUGUCUAUUCCUGUUAGUUUGUGGUACAAUAUUUAUUGUCAUAGAAAUUAUUUACAUUUGUGAAUACGCAAAUUGUAAUGUAUUGUCAUUUUAUGUGUAUUUAUUUGAUUUGGUCUAUUUAUUAAAAAUAAAAAAAAUGUAUAUUUAGUAAAUCAAAAAAUGCAACCCUGCUGGUCGAUCAUGGCCAUAAAGAUUUAAAAUAGGGAGUCUUCUACAUCAAUAUUUAAAAAGCUAUUUAGACAACUGUCCACACUUGAUUAUUUUAUAUAUCUUAUUUUAUUUUAAAUAAUUUGUAAACAUUUUUAAUUGCAAAUAUUUUAUAAAUGACAAUGUUUUGAUAAUUUUAUAAAGGUUUUCUCCUUCAUUUCUGUUAUUUCUUUUAUCUGUAUCUUCAGAUACCCACAGCUUAAAAAGAAAGUAUGUAUUUAUUAUUUAUUUAAUAUUAAAUAUUGAUAUGAUUGUAUAUUUAUUUUGUUAUUUAUGUGUAUGUUGUGAUGGCUGAGUAUCAGUAGUCUUAAAAUCCAUUUCUAAUAUUUAAAUAAAAAUGUAAAAACCAUGCUCAGAAAGAAUAAAUAGAAUAUUGUUUGAUUACUUAGGCUUUCCUAAAUAUAUCAGCAGUUGUAAAAGCAAAAUAACCAACGAAAGCAAUCACUGUUCUAGUGGUGUCAGAGUGGCUUUGUGUCAUCGAUGAUUUAUUUGCUUUUUGUCAGGAAAAAUAUGACUAAGAAGAUAGACAGAUAUAAGGAUCAAAUGUUACCUCUCCAAGCGCUUUGUAGCGGCCAACACUGGCUUACCCAAAACAUCCUUAAUGUACUAUAGAUGUUUUAAUGCCUUUUGAUAAAUUAUUUUUCUCUUUUCAUUAUUUUCUCUCAAUGUGUUGACCAGAUGCUCCAAAGAGCUCUGUUCCGGAAUGUUCCGUCUAGACUGGAUGUCUGGGUCUAAGACAUUUAAAGGACAUCUUCAAGGAAAAACUAAACCAUCAAGGAGAAUGACCUCUUUGACAAUUUAUAUCACAUCCACUUCUACGCCCUUGUAGCCUUAUUCUAGAUGACAUUUGUUGAUGCACAAAGUGCCACUACCACUCAGUUUAUUUCCUGAUUCUUUGCAUUCUGCAAUGUACGAUGUCUGGUCACAUGACAUGACCAGGGCGUCACAUGACAUGACCAGGGCGUCACAUGACAUGACCGAGAGUUGGGAUUGUUUCAGAUGCCUUUAUUUCUUUGCCAAGAUGGCCAUAAGUACACAAUAUAUACAUUCUGUAUAAAUAGAAUUUAAAAUGCUAUAUAUAUAUAUAUAUAUAUACAUAUAUAUAUAUGAAUAGAAACAUACAUAUAUUUUUCCAGUGUAAUUGUUGACUAUUUUUCUCUUGUAUUAGCGUAUCAAAGGAACAGUAGUUGUUUGAGAGUUGUGACGACUAGAGGUGGUUAUGACUGUGGUUUUAAAGAUACUCAACAAAACUGUCAUUGUUUUUUAGGUUUCCUUCUCUUCUCUAUCCUUGAUCCAAACAUGAUGAUGAUAAUAAUAACAACAAUACAUGGGACUUAUAUAAUGCUUUUUCAAGGACCCAAAGUCGACAUGUUGUAAAUGCUAAUGUCUGUUGUAAUGAAUCUGAAAUGACUGUCGUUUUAACUAAAUGGUUGGCUCUUUGUUCAA